UCCUCCUUCUCUUGAAGAUCUAAACACACACACUGUCGCACCCUGAAACACCACAAACUUCGAAGGACUAUCAAAGGAGACAGAGACGGAUCUACAAUAAAAAAUAACAUUCAAGGACGGAAAAAUGCAAAUAGUUGAUCUGAAAUUAGAAAAACAGGUGGAGAAUUCGUCUUGUGAGAUCAGGACCUCCACAAACAAAACUAAAAUUCUGUCACAUUCUAUUGAGGAAAUACUGAAGAAACCUCCAUCUCAAACUGUCUCACCUGACAGAAGCGAACAGAGAACUGUAAAAUCUGGAUCUACACCAACAAAACUCAAGGCAGAAGAUACAAAAAUCAGUCAAUGCACAGUUCAUCAGUCCAGAAGAGUACGGACAACGUUCACGACCGCGCAGCUGGAGGAACUGGAAAGAGUUUUUCAGGAAACACAUUAUCCUGAUGUUCAUACUAGAGACCAGCUCGCCUCUCAGACCCGACUCUCUGAAGGGAGAGUACAGAUCUGGUUCCAGAACAGACGGGCGAAGUGGAGACGCAGUGAAGUUAAAGGCGGACACAGACCUUCGACGGCACUGACAAACCCACAACACACUCACCAUCUCCUGCCUCCUCUCAUUUACGUUCCAUUCCUGAAUUUUCACCAGAAGCUCUACCUGCCCGGGUCAAUCUGUCGAAUUGGUCCAACAAAACAGCUGACCAUAAACCAGCGGUCUUACUAUUGACGUCAUAGGCUUCGAUGGUCACCCACCUGAAACCACCGGACC